GCAAAGAAGUAAAAGGAGGUUUGAAACCGGAAAUGUCAACUCAGUGACUGCGAAGUCGAUGUCGUUAGCUUCCCUCUUCCGAAACACACGAUGGCGUUUUGAUGGACAUAAGUUAACAGUUACAUAACGUCGAUAAAAGGUCGCUGCGAAUAUGACAAAUGUGUAUUCUUUUGAUGGCAUCCUGGUGUUUGGGCUGCUCUUCAUCUGCACAUGUGCAUACUUCAAAAAGGUUCCUCGCCUCAACGGCUGGCUGCUGUCAGAAAAGAAAGGAGUAUGGGGAGUCUUCUACAAAGCUGCAAUCAUUGGGACACGGCUCCAUAUUCCUGUCGCGAUCUGCUGCGUGGUCAUGGCUUUCUAUUUGAUCUUCCUGAAAUGAUGAAACCAAACUGGAUUGGAACGAUUUGGAUUGGCGCAAGCAGGUGUUUGACUCAGUGAGGCCAUAGCUGGUCCUUGUGGGACAACUCGUGGACUAUGUGACCCUUGACGUCACAUCUCCUCAUGGACUCGUCAGUGCUGCCCCCCUCUGGCGACUGCGGAGAUGGGGUCUCCCAAACAGAUGAGGUCAUCCUUAAACCACCUCAUAGUUUUUAUUGCAGAGAACUGGGAGUGCCCUAUGGUUGUACUGGUUUCAACUCAUGCUGUUGUCUUCAUUCACAUUAUUAUUUAUACGGUAUGGUCGUUGUUGGCCUGAACAUCAAUUUAGUUUGGAUGAGUAAUUUCAAAUCUGAAAAUGAUCAUCUAUAUCUGCUUUUUCCCUGGAUACAUCUGUAAUGCUUCUUCAGUGACUGGAUAAAGAAAUAAUAUAUGAUGUAUUUUGACACAAUUGUGUACACCCCACCAUUGUUUUCGCACAAGUCUUAUGAAUUUCAACUAGGUUCUUGUACUACACAAUUUAGCCCAUCUAACUGCAUAUGGGUUUUUUUUUUAAUCAGUCUAUGACUACUGUUACAAAUGGAUAUUUUUACAAAUUGGACCAAUAUUAAAUCUGCCUCAUGAUAUACCAAUGAUAAACAAGGAUAGUGGUUAUCUGACCAUUUCAUGCUAUUAUUGAAAGAAAUGAUUGAGGGGAGUCCAAUGGAAUUUUGGGUAAAAUGUUAGCAACACAACUUGUAUGUUGUUUUUAUUAAAAAAAAAUCUAAACAUAAUCACUUAUAAAAGAUUUCCAGUUGUGUAUUUGGGUUUUAUUACCUUUAUUCAGUAUGUUUGACACUAAUGCAAAAUAAAGCCAAAUCACAAUUGUU